AUGAAAUUUCAAAAACAUUUAAAAAAUGUCACAGUUUGGAAUCAUCAUUAUUUACCAUACCAAAAAUUAAAAAGAAAAUUAAGAACCUUUUUUUCACCACCACAAUCACCAUCAGAUAGUACACCACCACCACCAACAACAACAACAACAACAGCAUCUACAACUACAGUUAAUAAUAACAACAGAGCAAUUUCAAUUAGUGAUGGAGGUAAUGGUAACUUAAAUUUUUUAGAUAUUUUAGAAAAUGAAAUUAAAAAAGUGAAUCAAUUUAUUUUAGAUGAAAAAUUAACAAUUGUAAUGAAUAGAUUUGAAGAUUUAAAAUUAAAAUUUAAAUCAAUUGAUUUUUCAUCACCAUUUUCAGUUUAUCUCAGUGUUGGUUUAAUGACACCACAACAAAUUGAGGAUAAUAAUAAUAAUUAUUUAAAUACUAUUCAAAGUAAUAUUUCAAAUAAUAAUAAUAACAACAAUAAUAAUAGUAAUAACAACAACAAUAAUAAUAAUAGUAGUAAUAAUAAUAAUAGUAAUAUUAAUAAUAGUACAGAUAAUAAUAAAGAUUUAUCAACACCAUUAGAUCAAUCAUCAUCAUCAUUAUAUUUCUUUAGUGAACAACAACAACAACCACCAGGACAAGGAUCUAAUGAUGUUGAUACUGUAACAGCAUUUCAAAUUGCAUUUGAAGAUAUUUUAAAACAAUUGGCAGAGAUUGAUCAAUUUUCACAAUUAAAUAUUCAAGCAAUUCAAAAAUUAUUAAAUACAUAUUCAAAAAAGAAAAUUAAAACUUUAAUUUCUGAUAGAAAAAAAAGAAAAGUUAGUCAAACUGAAACAACUUUACCAAAAAUGUUUCAUUUAGAAAUUAAUAAUAAUCAUAAUAGUAAUAAUAGUAAUAAUAAUAAUAAUAAUAAUAAUAAUAAUAAUAAUAAUAAUAAUAAUAAUAAUAAUAAUAAUAAUAAUAAUAAUAAUAGUAAUAAUACAUUAUCACCAGCAACAAAUACAAUAUCAAUAUUAUCCAAAGAACAACUAAUUGAAGAUGUUAAAAAAGAUAUUGAUAAUUAUUUUAAAGAAAAAGUUGAAGUUUUAGAAUUAUAUCAUCAUACUCAAAUUAAAAAAUUAACAUUAGAAAUUGAAUUAGAAUAUCAAACAAUUUGUCAAACAAAUGUUCAUUUAUUAAAUAAUAAUUAUUAUGAUAUUUUAAAUAUUAAAGAAAAAGAAUUAUCAAAUAAAGUUGAAUCAUUAUGUAGAAAUGUUGUAAAUAAUAAUAUUUCAAUUGUUAAAAGUUUAAUUGAAGAUAUUAAAAAUUUAAUGAGAGAUGAAUUAAAAUUAGAACAAGUUAAUAAUACAAUGUGGAUUGAAACUAUUCAUUCAUGUAUUCAUAAAUCAUGUUAUUUAGGUAAUGUUGAAAUGGUUAAAUUCUUAUUUAAUACUUUUAAUGAUCUUAAAAUGGUAAAUAUUAAAUAUUGUGAUGAAAAGAAUAAACAAUUCAUUCAUUUGGCUGCUGAGAAUGGUAGAUUAUCAGUUAUGGAAUUUUUAAUUGAAAAUGGUGCAGAUAUUGAAUGUUUGGAUUUCCUUUCACGUAGACCAUUACAUUUAUCUGCAAAGAAUGGUAAAUAUGAUUGUGUGAAAUUGUUACUUGAAAAAGGUGCAAAACAAGAUGUACUAGAUAGAGAAGGUUGUACACCACUAUAUUUGGCAUGUCGUCAACCACCAUCAGCAAACAAUAUCAUUAAUAGUAGUGGUGAUAUUAGUCUAUCAGUGGUUGAUUUACUAUUAUUAUCAGGUUCACCCCUAACUCGUGGUCCAUAUGGUAGACAUAUUUUACAUGAAGCUUCAUCAAAAGGUAAUUGUAAUAACAUUAAUAGUAUCUUAAAAAUAGAUCCAGAUUCUGCAAAUUCAACAGACUCAUUCGGACGUACACCAUUAUUUGAAUCAAUUAAACAUGGUCAAUUACAAGCGAUUUCAACUCUAUUAGAGAAGAAUGCUCAAAUCGUUUCAGUGUUUGAUGAUGAUAAGAGAACUCCACUUCAUGAAGCCGCUGCAAAUGGCCAAUUGGAUUCAAUGCAUUUAUUAAUUAAUAAUAUUUUAGAGAAUUUAAAAGAAGAUCAAGUUUCAAAAGUUGUAAAUCAACAAGAUGAUGAUGGUUGGUCACCACUUCAUGAUGCUUGUUAUUUAAAUUAUAUUCAUUGUGUUAAAUGUUUAUUAGAGAAUAAAGCAAAUCCAAAUCUUUUAGAUAAAGGUGAAUGGUCACCAAUAGUUCAUUCAUUAUAUCGUGGUAAUAUUCAAGCUGCAAUUACAAUCAUUGAAUUUAUUAAAAAGAAUCCUGAUUUAUUUCAAGAUACAACAACAACAACAACAUUAUCAAGUAGUAAUACAAUUCCACAAACAACAUUAAAAGAUUCAAAGAAUUUAAGUUGUAGUAGUAGUGGUGUUCCAUUAAUUACAGCAUCAACAGUUGGUACAACAGUAUUACCACCAAAAUUAGAUAUAGUUGAUUUAAAUAAAUCAAUUAGUAAUUUAAAUUUAUCAUCAAAUAUAAUAUUAAAAUCACCAGAAUCUGAAUUAUUAUCACCAACACCAUCCUCAUCAUCAAAUAAUAGUAGUAGUAUUUCAGUAACACCAUCAACUUCACCAUCAACAAGUAAAAAAAUUUUAAAAAGUUUAAUGUCAACAGUUACAUUUAGAAUUCAAUUAGUUUCAACAACAAUUAAACCUGGUCAAAAAGUUGGUAUUGUUGGUAAUAGAAAAGCAAUUGGCUCAUGGAAUCCUUCAGCUGCAUUAAUGUUUAGAGAAGUUGAUAAUAUUGGUAGUGGUGGUUGGAUUGGUAAAGUACAAGUACCAGUUAAUGUUCAAUUAGAAUAUAAAUAUGUAAUUUUCGAAGGAUCACGUUUAGAUACAUGGGAAGCUUUACCAGAGAAUAGAAAAUUCACACCACAAGAAGAGGAAGAGUUUGUUGAUGAUGGUGUAUUUGGUCAAAUUACAUUUGAUGAAGAUAGUGUCACAGCUGAACAAUCAAAACAAUCCCUCUUUAUGGAACGUGGUUGGUUAGUACAAGAUACUCAAAUUAGAAUUAGAUUUGGUGAAACUUCACCAACUGAUUUACAACGUAAAAUUAAACAACCAAUUACUUUAUACAAUGGUAAAGAACAAGCUGGUAAAAUCGUUGUAACCCUAAGAGAUCGUUCAUCAAAUAUUCAAUCAGGUACUGGUUUAUCUCAAGUUAAUUUACCCCUAACUAAAGAUCAUUCAGUUCAAUUCCAAACUAAUCAAUUAAAACCAAAUUCUUAUCAUUCAAUUCAAUUUGAUAUUUAUCGUCGUGGUAUGUCAAGUGUAUUAAUUGGUCGUUCCAUUGUAUUGGUAUCAGAGUUAACAAGUACAAAUCCAUAUAAAAAAGUUGUACCAAUUAUAAAUUCAUCAUUGUUAUCAGUUGGUGAAUUAUAUUUCUUUCCAUUAAUUGUUUCACCAUUUACUCAUUCAAAAAUAUCUGAUGUUUUAUCUAAUACCUAUUGGAAAUCAACUCUAUUAAUUGGUCAUCGUGGUGGUGGUGCUGAAAAUGCUAGAAAUGUUGGUAAAUAUAAAAGAACUCACAUUAAAGAGAAUACAAUUCUUUCUUUCGUUACAGCUGCUUCAUUAGGUGCUCAAUAUAUUGAAUUUGAUGUUCAAUUAUCAAGAGAUAAUAUUCCUGUAAUUUAUCAUGAUUUUGAAAUUCUUGGUCAAGAUGGUAUUAAAAUACCAAUUAAUAAAAUUAAUCUUGAACAAUUUAAAUCAUUACAACAAGAAAAAAAAAAUAGUAGCAAUAAUAACAAUAAUAAUAAUAAUAAUAAUAGUAAUAACAACAAUAAUAAUAAUAAUAAAAAUAAUAGUAAUAGAAUUAAUAAUAAUAAUUCAAAUCAACAUGAUGAAAAUAAUAAAAAUAAUAUUUCAAAAACAUUACCAUCUUUAAAAACUUUACGUGGUAGAUCAAAAUCAAUGCAAGAUAUAUUUAAUGAUUUUGGUACAUCAUCAAGUAAUAUUUUAGCAAAUUUAAGAAAUAGUGGUAUAAUUAAUGUAAACAAUACACCAAGUUCACCAUUGGCAUCAUCAUCUUCAUCUGCAAAUUCUUCACAACCUAUUAGUGAUUCGUUUACAACAUUGGAAGAAACCUUUAAGAAUGUACCAAUUGCUACUGGAUUUAAUAUUGAAAUUAAAUAUCCAAAUCAAGAGAAAGAAAUGGAAAUUCAAAUGAAUAAUAUGAAUAGAAAUGCUUAUGUUGAUACUAUUCUAAAGGUUGUUUUUGAACAUGCAGGUAAUAGAAGUGUAAUGUUCUCUUCAUUCGAUGCUGAUAUUUGUUUACUUUGUUCUUUGAAACAACCAAAAUAUCCAGUUUUCUUUUUAAAUAAUGCUGGUUUCACUCAACAUGCUGAUCCACGUGCAAAUUCAAUAUCAGAGGCAAUUCGUUUCUCAAAAUCUGCUCAUCUAUUGGGUAUUGUCACAAACUCAAAGAUUCUAUGUGAAGCUCCACCAAUUAUUGGUCAAGUUAAAUCUGCUGGUUUAAUGUUAUGUUCUUGGGGUUCCGAAAAUAAUGACCCUGCUUUAGUUGAUCUUCAAGAACAAUUGGGUUGUGAUGGUGUUAUCUCUGAUCAUAUUGCCUAUAUUUCAAAACAUUACUAUACAAAUAAUAAUACCAUUAUUAAUAAUCAAAAUAAUCAAUAA